GGGAAUCUGGCUCCAACAUUAUUGAAGUGUCUAAGGAGGCUCGCAAGAGGUUUCUUGGCCCUCUCCACCCUUCCUUCAACUUGGUGAAAAUCAUUCGCAGUCGGCUUUACAAAACCCUCCCUGACAAUGCGCACGAGUUAGCAACAGGCCGCCUGGGCAUUUCCCUGACCCGAGUGUCCGACGGAGAGAACGUGCUGGUGUCCGUGUUCAACAGCAAAGAGGAUCUCGUUCAGGCCUGUAUAUGCAGCACAUUUAUCCCCGUGUACUGUGGACUGAUUCCUCCAACAUUGAAAGGAGUGAGAUAUGUCGACGGUGGUAUUACAGACAACCUGCCUCAGUAUGAGCUCAAGAACACAAUCACGGUGUCUCCAUUUGCUGGCGAGAGCGACAUCUGCCCUCGCGAUCGCUCCAACAACAUGCACGAGAUGAGAAUAACCAACACUAGCAUUCAGUUCAACCUGCAGAACCUGUACCGGCUCUCCAAGGCCUUAUUCCCACCUGAGCCAGAGGUGAUGAAGGACAUGUGCAAACAAGGUUUCAGUGAUGCCCUGGACUUCCUCAAGAGGAAUGCCUUGCUGAACCGACCAACGCUCUUACAGAACCCCUGCCCACGAUCUCUGUACGAGUCGAACUGGGUGGAAGAGGAGGUGGAGGUGAUGGAGAUUGCAGAAGGGAAUCAGGCCGGCGCCAUGUCCGAGAACAACAAUAGGAUCAUGGAACACAUGCCACCCCGCCUGCACCAAGCGCUGACGGACGCCUGCACUGAAAGCAAGAGUCUCUGCUCAGUUGUCUCCAACAUGCUGCCCGUUCGCCUGGCCUCAGUCCUGAUGCUUCCCUACACGCUGCCGGUGGAAUCCGCAGUCUCGCUCACCGUGAGGAUCCUCGAGUGGCUGCCCGACCUGCCCAGCGACGUGGACUGGAUGAAAGAUCAGAUAAGCAACGUCUUGUGGUACUUUGUGAAGAACGCCAAGGCCAGGCUCGGACACAGCCUCAACGCAAGGCUGCACUAUAACCUGGAGUUCCACAGGACCAAAAGCCUGUUCCUACCCUCGCGAGGAUUGUCCUCUUACGAGUCUGUCCGCAAGUGGGUGAGGAGCAAUACCUCGGUGAUGGACCUGAUCGUGAAGUGUGAAGAGUACCAGCGACAGCUGUGGCCGGGCAAGCUCCACAUUGACCUCAAAAUGCAAGCGUCCAUGUGCCAAGAGGACCUGGAGUCAACUGGCUUAGAGAUGAAACCCUCUCCACCCUCCUCAGGGGCCAGUAUUUGAGUAUUAAAGGUGGUGGUGGGCUGCGCCACACAGACUUUCUAUCUCUGCUGGGUACCUCUUAGCCUGAAAGUAUUUUUUCCUAUGUGUGUGUGUGUGAGUGUAUAGAAUAUAACGGGUACUUUUUUUUUUCGAGCGACGUCACGAGCUAAGCCUAUGAAGAUGCUCUACGUGCAUUUCUCUCUACGUAAAACAAAGCCUCUUGUGAAAGCGGCUCGCAGUUCCAGAGGCUGCUUUUGUGCUAAACCUGUAGCGUAGUGGUUAGAGGACUCGCCUCGCAAGCGAGAGGACCCG